CUUCCCCGCCUCGCGCUGCUCUGGGGGCUGCCACUCGUCCGUCCCUGGCGGUCCUGGCGUGUGGCUUCCUGCCUCCAAUCUCCUCCCUGGCCCACACGCCGUCCGCCCCGUGCGGCUCUCCGGUCUCCGUGUCUGUGUCCCCCUCUGUGUGUGUCCCCCUCUCUGUUCUCUCACAAGGACACCAGUCACUGGAUGCAGGACACCCGGCACAACCUCAUCACCCGGUGCAGCCUCAUCCUAGCUAACCGCAUCUGCAAUGAGGCCGCACUCUGUGGGUCAGGGCGGACGAGAACUUGGAGAAGACGCUGUUCCGCCCACUCCAGACUCGCUCAGCUCUCAGCAAGCGCUUUGCAAGCCUUGGCUCCUUUCACCCUCGCAGCAACGCGACGGACCGGGAACUACCGUUAUCCCCAUUCACAGCGGAGGAAACUGAGGCACCAGGAGCUGCCCUGGGCAGGGAGGUGGUGGCCCCUCUGUUGUCAGACCCAGCCCCGAGAGACACCCAAGGCAGAAGAGCCCAGAGCCAUGCAGAGCCCCAGGGCCCUGCUCCUGCUGCUGGCCGCCUGCCUGGCCGUGAGUGCUGACCCCGUCCUGCCGCCCGACGACAUCCAAGUGCAGGAAAACUUCAAUGUCUCUCGGAUCUACGGGAAGUGGUACAACCUGGCCAUUGGCUCCACCUGCCCGUGGCUGAAGAAGAUCAAGGACCGGCUGGCAGUGAGCACGCUGGUGCUGGCAGAGGGGGCGACGGAGGCGGAGGUCAGCAUGACCAGCACUCAGUGGCGGAAAGGUGUCUGUGAGGAGAUCUCCGGGGCUUAUGAGAAAACGAGCACCGAAGGGAAGUUUCUCUAUCACAAGCCCAAAUGGAGUGUAACCAUGGAGUCCUACGUGGUCCACACCAACUAUGAUGAGUACGCCAUUUUUCUGACCAAGAAAUUCAGCGGCCGCCACGGGCCCUCCAUCACCGCCAAGCUCUAUGGGCGGGAGCCGCAGCUGAGGGACAGCCUCCUGCAGGACUUCAGAGAGGUCGCCCGGGGCGUGGGCAUCGCUGACGACUCCAUCUUCAUCUUGGCUGACAGAGGUGAAUGUGUGCCCGGAGAGCAGGAACCAGAGCCCACCCGACCCCCGAGGGCCCGGCGGGCUGUGCUACCUCAAGAAGAUGAAGGAUCCGGGGACGGGCAACAACUACUUAAUGUCGUCAAGAAAGAAGAUGCCUGCCAGAUGGGCUACUCGGCAGGUCCCUGCAUGGGAAUGACCAACAGGUACUUCUACAAUGGCACGUCCAUGGCCUGUGAGAUCUUCCAGUAUGGCGGCUGCAUGGGCAAUGCCAACAACUUCGCCACAGAGAAGGAGUGUCUGCAGACCUGCCGGACCAUAGCGGCCUGCAAUCUUCCCAUAGUCAGUGGUUCCUGCCGCGCUUUCAACAAGCUCUGGGCAUUUGAUGCUGCCCAGGGGAAGUGCGUCCAGUUCGUCUAUGGGGGCUGCCAUGGCAACGGCAACAAGUUCUACUCAGAGAAGGAGUGCAGGGAGUACUGCGGCGUCCCUGGUGAUGGGGACGAGGAGCUGCUGCGCGUCUCCAGCUGAAGUCCGGCCCGUCUGUAAGCCGCAGGGCGGCCGGUGUCUGUUCCAGGGCCCCGUGGCAGGCCGGGGCUGAGCAACCUGAGUCCAAAUAAAAACCAAAUUGCAAACUCCUGAA